UGGAUCAUCAACUUGGAUCAACAAAAGCAGAAAUGGAAGAAGUAAUGGAAGAAAACCAAAGGCUGAAGAUGUACUUGGACCAAAUUCUCAAGGACUAUAGAACCCUACAAAUGCAAUAUCGAGACGUAAUUCAACACGAGUCGAAACAAGAACACGAACAAGAACAAGAGCCGACCGAUGACCUAAUUUCCCUAACCCUAGGAAGAACGACUUCGGGUACAAUUACCGAAAGAACAAAACCCGAGCGUCUUAAAACGCCAACUUUUAAUAAUAAUAGUAAUUUUGGAGGAGGAGGAGUAGAGAGUCAAAGGUUGACACUAGGGCUUGAUUCUAGAUUCAACCAAGUGCCGCCUAACAAGUCGUCACCACCUCCGCCGCCUGAAACAGCUUCCCCUCCGGCAAACCCUAGCCCGGAAAAUAGCUUGGAAGAAAUCCGUCAAGAAGCCGGAGAUGCAUGGCCUCCUAAAAACACGAAACACGCGAGAUCGGAUAAUAUUAGUGGUGGAGAUCAUGAAGAGAUCUCACAACAAAACCCUACCAAACGAGCUAGGGUUUCUGUGCGAGUCCGAUGCGAUACACCUACGAUGAAUGAUGGAUGCCAAUGGAGGAAAUAUGGGCAAAAGAUUGCCAAAGGGAAUCCAUGCCCUCGAGCUUACUAUCGUUGCACCGUCGCACCUUCUUGCCCCGUCAGGAAACAGGUGCAAAGAUGCGCGGAGGACAUGUCGAUACUGAUCACAACGUACGAAGGGACCCACAACCACCCGCUCCCAAUGUCGGCCACGGCCAUGGCUUCCACCACCUCAGCUGCCGCCUCCAUGCUGCUCUCCGGCUCAUCAACCUCCGGAACCGCCGCCACCACAUCCACCACCUCCUCCUCCACAACCCUAAACGGGCUAAACUUCUAUCUCUCCUCCGACAACUCGAGAUCGAAACCCUACUACCUACCGAAUCGCGAUCAAUCUAAAGACCCGGCAAUUUCCCGCCAAGAUAUUCCACCACAAACCUCAACUUCAGCUCAUUGGAAAUCGAACCCUCUCCCGCUUUCUUGGAACAACGGUAUGCUUAGCUACGGAACAUCUCAGCCGUUGAUCAACAAGAACCACCAAAACACACCGAAUAACAAUUCCCUAAGCUUCGGACAACAACAACAACAACAACAACAACAACAACAGCAUCAACAACCGUACGAAACCCUAUAUCAAUCCUACAUGCAAAAGAAUAUACCAAACCCUAGCCAACAAACCCUACUACCACAAGACACUUUAGCAGCAGCAACUAAGGCAAUUACAUCGGACCCGAGUUUCCAAUCUGCGUUAGCAGCUGCUCUUACAUCAAUCAUUGGCUCAGGCGGUCCUAAUAACAAUAUUUCGACCUCGUUAGCCAAUCAAAACUUAGGCGCAAAAUCGGCUCAAAUUAGUGACCAGCCUUUUCCUAUUCUGUCUAGCUUUCCAUCAACUUCGAAUGCGAAUAAAUGUGCGCCACCGCAUUUAAUGAACAAGUCGUCGUCGAGUACUAGCGCACAAACGCGCGAUUUGAUGUUGCUCUCGCCUCCGUUUUCGAACUCGAAGAGUAAGUCCAACUCACCAGGUGACAGUAGUAAAGAUCAAGUAUAGUUUUGAUUCGUUUUCAUUUGCCCGAAUUCUUGUUCGAUCGAUAGAUAUACCAUCAUUUUUUUUU